AUGGAAGGUAUUAAAGAAGACGCCAUACACCACACUGCUCUCAAACUCGCAGAAGAAAUAAAAAAUUUAUCAAUUUACAAAUCCUUUUACAGUGACGUUCAGAAAAUGGUAUGUUCGCCAAACGUAAAGAAGGAGGAUUUCAAACAGACGUUACAACAGGCUAUGAAAGAAAAGGGACUCGACACAAAAUUAAGGAACACAGUGUUUCAUUGGGUGCGCACGCAAACAAAACAAAACGAUCCCAUUGCAUGUUUAACAAAAGCAAGUGCCCAAUGGGAGAAACGCAUACAUAAAUCUCUCAACUCGAUGUGCUCUGACCUCGAGACCUCAUUGGCCAAGAUAAGGCCCCAGAGUGAGAAGGAAGAACUAGCAGAAAAGUGGAAUGAACUUAGCACUUACAAUUUAGAUUUAUCAAAAUACAGACCAGUAUACGCACCAAAAGAUUUUCUGGAAGUACUGUUAACAUUAUCUGGAUACAUACCAUACACACGAGAAGAUGAACCUAAAUGGGAGUUCGCGCAUUUACCUUUACAAGUUAAGACAUUAGAUCAUUUGCGCAAAGUAUUCACAGAAUGGGCGAAUGGAGAACCGUUACUAGGUGUCAACCCCAAUAUGCCGAGCACAGUCACUGCAUUCGCGUCAUUAGAAGUUGAACGUAUAGGCUUGGGGGAAAGAGUGGCAACGUUGGGGUACGCUCCUGUCAUACAGGAGUUUUUGAAGAAGGGAUGCCCGCAGUGCUUGAGAGCGAAACUUUGGGCGCAAGUUUUGGGUGCUGAUGUCAAGAAUCACCAAGUAGCGUACUUCAACCAGUUAAAGAAAAGUGUAUUAGAAGUGGACCUGAUGAUCGACAAACUGAUAUUCAAAGACGUGCAGUUAACAGCUUCCAAUGAUGAUCAGUACUUCGUUUUUGAGGACCUUUUGUAUCAGGUGAUGCUCUGCUUUUCCCGCGACUGCGAUGUAAUGCAUCAGCUCAAAGGCAACAUCGGCAACCCUCUCACGGUCACCAUUAAGGGCAAGCAGCCCUCACCCGAAAGCGUCAACGUCUUCCCGCCCAGUGGUAUCAUCCCAUUUCACGGAUUCACUAUGUAUGCCACUCCAUUUUGCUACUUGUAUGAUGAUCCAGUACAACUGUACUACACAUUCCGGGCGUUCUACAUCCGUUAUUGGCACAGACUGCAUUAUAUUUCUACACAUCCACAGGGUAUAGUGUCACUAUGUCUACUAUAUGAAAGAUUACUUGAAGCUAAUGAACCACUGCUCUGGAUACAUUUUCGGAAUAUCAAUAUAAAUCCAAUCAGAGUGGUGUUCAAAUGGCUAAUGCGAGCGUUUAGUGGUCAUUUACCACCGGACCAGCUUCUUUUACUUUGGGAUGCCAUACUGGGCUACGAUUGUCUUGAAAUCCUUCCAUUAUUAGCACUGGCAAUACUGAGCUUCAGAAAAGAAAACAUCUUCCAAGUCAAUACGAUACAAAACGUCGACGCAGUGUUAGCAGAUUUAUCUACUAUUUCAGUUAUACCUCUAUUGCAACUGGCUUUGAUGAAACCUUAGGUAAAAAUUCAAUCUGUACAAAUGUUAAUGCAAUGUUUGCAAUCUUUACCGGCUACACUAAAGUUAAUUUGUAAAUAGAAAUUGUUCAUUUUAUGAAGAUUUCACGUAUUCAUUCAGUUUAAAGUUUCGAUAUUUAAAGAAAGAAAACUGUUUAUUACACUAGCACAGACACGCAUAUAAACAAAAAAAAAAGAUAUUUACUAAUUACUACCUACGUAAUAAGAAUUUUUGAACAAAAAUAGUUUUGUCUAUGAUCGAAAUAUCUGUAGACCACGACCCCCUACUCAAAACUACCUCAAUCCAUCCUCGCCUGCUAAGUAACCUGGUAAAUCACAAUAACAAAUACAUCGUCUGAGAUAUUUUGGGAGUUUGAAAAUAUACUCCUGGACACAAUUCGAGUCACCUUGCAUUUUCAAUAUUAAAUGCCCUUAGCUUAAACAAUGCUUGAUUGAUUAAGAACUAUUAUGCAAUUUUGAAAUAGUGGUAUGCUAAACGUCAUUUCCUUAAGACCUUAUUGAAAAUU